AUUAACCGCAAGUCAUUCAAUCCAUAUCACGCAUCGCACAUUCAUCUCACCAGUACCAAUCGCUAUACCCAAACUCCUACACCAAAACCAUCCAAAAUGGCCACCAUCACAAGAGCAGCCCGCAUCCGCAACCCGGCCCUAUUCAUCUGCGACAUCCAAGAGAAAUUCAGACCUGUGAUCUACGAAUUCUCGAAACUAAUCCCAACAACAACCAAACUCCUCAAAGCAGCCAACACCCUCCAAAUCCCUACCUAUGUCACAACUCAAAACCGGUCCAAACUCGGUGACACAGUCUCCGAACUGCAGCCCCAUCUCUCAUCCCCGAAUGUGAAAGCCGAUAUCGACAAGACCCUGUUCUCUAUGAUUACCCCCGAGAUCGAGGCCAAGUUGCCUAAGGUUUCUGCCGGGGAAACGCCAUUCGAUGCUAUUAUCGUGGGAAUUGAGACGCAUAUCUGUGUUACGCAGACAACGCUGGAUUUGUUGGAGAGAGGUCAUCGGGUUUAUGUUAUAGUGGAUGGCGUGAGUAGUGUUAAUAGUGAGGAGAGGGGUAUUGCCUUGGCGAGGUUGAGGGAUGCUGGGGCGGUGGUGACGAGUAGUGAGAGUGUGUUGUUUGAGGUUUUGGGGGAUGCGGGCCAUGGUGGGUUUAGGACUGUUAGUGGGUUGGUUAAGGAGAUGAAGGAGGAGACGAAGGGGGCUUUGGAGGUUUUUUCGAAGAUUUAGAUUUUCGUCUUUGAGAGAUUUGGCUUGAUUUUUUGUUGGAUUUUGUGGUUAUAAAGUAGGAAAAAGGAUUGGGUGACCUUUUUGAAUUGAGAUGUUUAUGAAGAGUGCUAUA